AUGCCAAGUCUAAAUGAUAAUCCACUAAAUGUUGAAGAGUUGGAAAAUACCGAAGCGUCUCUUAAAAAGGAUAAACAACGUGAAAGUGUGUUUCGAUUGGGUGACCAGGAGCUGUUGCUUUCCCAGGAUCCGGAAUAUGAGGCACUGGAGCCAUUUAAAGAAAGCAAGGUUUUUUAUAAUAACAAGUUUGUCGGUAGAGCUGUAAUAGGAGAAUCUAAUAACAAUAUUACCGAUGGAAUUGUAGACUACCAGAGGGAGAACGCUACAUUUUUCUCGUUGGUCAGAAAUGAAGACUUUCUGGGUAUUGCCGAAGCCAUACAAUCAGUUGAAUAUAGGUUCAAUAACAAAUAUCAUUAUGACUGGGUAUUUGCAAAUGAUGAACCGUUUCAUCCAACAUUCAUAAACGUUAUACAAAAUUUGGUGAGUGGACAAGCCCAUUUUGUUCAAAUAUCGAGAGAAAUAUGGAGCUAUCCGGAUUGGAUUGACCAAGACAAAGCAAACGAAACAAGGCAUACGAUGAAAGAAAAUAAGGUUAAAUAUGGUGACUCUGUAUCCUACAGGCAUAUGUGCCGUUUCAAUUCAGGUUUUUUCUACCGAUUACCAAUAAUGAAGAACUAUAGAUACUAUUGGAGAGUAGAGCCAGAAAUUGAAUUUCAGUGUGAUAUAUUCCAUCAAGAUUGGUUUAAAUAUAUGAAAGAAAAUAAUAAAAAGUAUGCAUUUACAUUGGCUCCUUUAGAGCUACAUACAACUGUUACAAACUUAUGGGAAACAGUCCAGGAGUUUUCCCGGAAAAACCCAAAAUUGGUUGCUAAAGACAAUAAUAUGGAUUUCUUGACUGAAGAUGGAGGAGCAACCUACAAUAUGUGUCAUUUUUGGUCAAAUUUUGAAAUAGGAGAUAUGGAUUUUUAUAGACUGGAGGCAUAUUCAAAAUUUUUCGACCAUAUUGAUAAGGCCGGUGGAUUCUACUAUAGUCGGUGGGGGGAUGCACCAGUUCAUUCUAUGGGUGUUUCGUUACUUUUAAGUAAGGAUGAACUAUUCUUUAUGGAUAACUCGGGAUAUUUUCAUUCGCCAAACGGCGAUUGUCCCUGGGAUCCAAAAAUUAGAAAGGAAAGAAGAUGUACUUGUCUGACUAAAAAGGAUGCAACAUGGUUGAAAAGCUCGUGCAUUCCUAAAUGGUUUGAGAUCCAUGAUAUAGAAAAGCCACCCUUUGUUCCUAAAUAUGCCUUCGUCAAUCAACACAAGCCUCCUGAUGAAGAAGAAGAAAAGGAAAAUGAAGAAGAAUACGACAAUAAAGACGAAUAA